UUCCAAAAGGUGAGUCACGUCACGUGAGUUCUCCAUUGCAUUUAAAUUUUCAAGUUCAUCAGAACAAAGGCUUUCUUUCCUGACAGGCAUCAUCCUACAGGUAGCUCAUCCCAGAUUGUGUAGCCAUGGCACUCUCCAGGAGAAACUGAUACAUCAUGUUUACCAGCAGAAAGCACCCUGCUCCAGAAACAAAAUCAGCAUUAUUGGUGCUGGUCAGGUUGGAAUGGCCUGUGCAGUUUGUUUACUUAAUAAGGAGCUAAUGGAUGACCUUGCAUUAGUUGAUGUUAUUGAAGACAGGCUUCGAGGAGAAAUGUUGGAUCUUCAAGACGGAGGUUUAUUCCAUAAAACUCCAAAAAUUGUUGCUGAUAAAGAUUAUGCAAUUACAGCUAACUCAAACCUUGUUAUAAUUACGGCUGGAGUUCGCCAGCAGGAGGGAGAAAGCCGCCUAAACCUGGUCCAGAGGAAUAUCAAUGUUUACAAGAUGAUUGUUCCUCAGAUUGUGAAAUACAGUCCAGACUGUAUAAUCCUUGUUGUGUCAAAUCCAGUUGAUAUAUUAACUUACAUCACUUGGAAGCUAAGCGGGUUUCCCAAACAUCGAGUCAUUGGAAGUGGAUGCAAUCUGGAUACAGCUAGAUUUCGACUGUAUUUGUCAGAGAAACUAGGAAUUUCACCUUCUAGCUGCCAUGGCUGGGUCCUAGGCGAGCAUGGUGAUUCUAGCGUGCCUAUUUGGAGCGGGGUCAGUGUUGGUGGCGUGUCAUUCCAGAAGUUGAAUGCUGAUAUUGGAACUGAACAUGACAAGGAGAAGUGGAAUACUGCCCAUAAGGAGGUGGUGGAACGUGCCUAUGAAAUUAUUCGUCUUAAAGGAUACACCUGCUGGGGUAUUGGAUUCAGUGUUGCUGAGUUGUGUGAAACAAUGAUGAAAAAUUUAUGUAGAACUCACCCAGUUUCCACAAUGGUGAAGGGUAUGCAUGGCAUUGAACAUGAAGUUUUUCUCAGUCUGCCAUGUGUUCUCAGUUCAGCCGGGCUAUGCAUGGUGAUCAACUCAUCGCUGAAAAAGGACGAAGAGGAUAAGCUGAGGAACAGUGCGCAAACACUCUAUGCAAUCCAGAAAGACUUAAAGGACCUCACACCCUAGAAACCUACUGAUUUGCAAUAAAAUUAUAUUAUAGUCAUACACUUUAGCAGAAUACUCCUGCUGUCUUCUCCCUUCUGCAUUCUGCUGCAUGUAUGUUCACAAUGAGUAAUUAAAUAAAUAAAAAACAAAAUGUUGGAAAUAUUAUAACAUGAAACAGAGGCAUGCUAAUUUAGCAGUUAAUGAAUGUCAUGUAAAUUAAACUUUUUUUUUACACACCA